AUGCGGCGGCUGGUACUCCCUCUUCUCCUCCUCCUUUUCUUUUUCUUCCUCCUCACCAGUGGUUCAUUUCCCCCCGGAAAAACCAACAUUUUGGACGUCAGGGAGAUCUGCAUCCUGAGCAAGGCGUGCAAGAGCCAGUGCUGCCGCCGGACGCCCGACAGCUGCGAGUCGCACUGCGCAGAGAAGGGGUCCGAGGGCAGCGUAUGUCACACGCAGAUGUUCUUUGGCCUGUACCGCGAGUGUCCCUGUGGGCCGAGCCUGACUUGUGUGUUUCCGAAGAAUGAGAAAUCGUUCAGAGUCAUCAUCUACGGCCGUUGUCAGAAAACUGAAAACAAGAAGCCAACUAAGAGAAUGUUGUUCUAAUGCUCCCUCUUUCUUGCUGCCUCCUUUUCGGCUGCCACCCACCAUCCUGCCUACCCAGAACUGUGUGUUCCUGCCCCUGGUCCCCAGAGCCUC